UAGAAAUAUGUGGUGGAACGGAAGUCGUUGCUUAGCGACAUCUAAAAGCGUCUGAUAAGUGUGAACUUGCAGUUGCUAGCGGCUUAAUUUUGUUUUGUAUAAUAUUGUAAUUAGAAUUAAAAAUAUAUAAUAUAUAUAUAUAUAGCUAGCUAUGCCACCAAAAAGACAAGGGCCUCUUCAAACAGUGCAAAGAGAGACGGAUGAUAUCAAAAGACUGGUUGACCGUCUGAUAAAAGAUGCACGGCUGUCGGAUGGGUCAGGGCGCACAGAGGCAUAUCAGAGCCGAUGCAUACAUCUACAAAACUUAGUGGAGGAGACAACCAGGAAGCUCAAGAAGUUAACCAAGGCUGAUGAGCCAGCACCAGUGGGGAAUUACGAACAGAGAAAGAUGGAGGAGGAAAGACGUCUGCGGGGGUUUGAGGAGAAGCUGCUGGUCCUAGUCCAGGAGCUCUCUCCGCCUCAGAAACGUGAGAGAGGGUCAUCCCAAGCCCAGGAAGAUGAAGAGGAGGAAGACAGUGAGGAAGACAGCGAAGAAGACAGUGAGGAAGAGGAGAGUGAAGAGGAGAGUGUAGAAGAUGAGGAAGAAGAUGAUGAUGAGGAAGAUGUAGUCACAAAGACCAUGUCAGGCACUGCCACGUAUAUGGUCAUCAGUGCCUUUAAAGGAGAGCAGGAAGGAGAUCUUACCAUUCAGAUGGGUGAGGUCCUGGCGAUUCUCAGUAAAAAUGAGGAUGGCUGGUGGCUUGCUCAGGACUCAAAGGGCAGUAAGGGACUAGUCCCCAAAACCUACUUGAAGAGAUAUUCAGACCAGGAGGAGGAUGAUGAGGAAGCGUCAGAGGAUGAGGAGCUUGAGUCCAAAAGGAAGCAGAGCUCAAACUGGGACUGUGUAAGGAGAGCCAUCACUGAGAUUGAUGCUACUGAUGUUCUGUCAGCCAUGGGUGCCAUCCCUGCUGGGUUCAGGUCAUCCACCCUCUCUAAACUACUAGAUGAGGGGAUUACCUACAGAGCAAGUCACUACAUCCAGCCAGAGUUGAGCCAAUCCAAACUGUCCUUCAAAGACCUCUUCCGGGACCCAGACACUGGAAAAGUUCGUCAGAGGACAGCGAGGACGUCCCUCACUCUGACUCUGUGGAGCUGCAAGAGUAUCCCCACCCCAGGGGUCGGAGUUCAAGUCCUCAGUCGGCACAUCCGCCUCUGUGCUUUCGACGGUACUCAGGUUCUUAGUAACAUCCACACCAUCCGAGCCACUUGCAAUGCAAACAACGUCAAGACCUGGUCCUUUUCUCCCCGGAUGACUGGGAAUCUACCCAGCCUUUUGGACGGGGACUGUUUUCUGAGGUGCAACUCGGACGCUCCUGAGCUGGGAAUAUUAUUUGAACUUGGAGUCACAUACAUCCGAAAUUCUACAGGUGAGAGAGGAGACCUGAGCUGUGGCUGGGCUUUCCUGAAGCUCUUUGACACCAACGGAGCACCUGUCCCACACAGGACCUAUGAAUUGCUUGUGCAUGGAGGCACACCGUAUGAAAAGGACGUAGAGGUAGAUCCAUCUUUAACAAGAGGAGCCACAGGAACAGGCAUGUUCCAGCAGAUGAUGUUGUCCAGGAAACUCCCUAAACUCUUCCUCAAACUGAAAUCGCCAAACGUUCGUACAAGGUCACAGCUGAGUGCUCUUCCAGACACUCUAGUGGGCAGUCUCUCCAGUAUACACCUGCUGGUUCUGCACAGACAACUACUGGCAGAUAUUCUGCUCAUGGACAGGGCAACCAUGCAGAAUGCAGAUCUGAUCUGUAGUCCUCUGCUGGCCACCUUCCCAGAGAUCAUGGACCAAUCGGACCUGCUGGAUGCCCUGAGGAAGUCUUGGUUGGAGGCUGAGAGCAAUAUGAAGAGAUCUGAAAAGAGGGACCUACCUCUGCUGAAGAGGAAGUUUGUGAGGGUAUACAUGGACAACAUCUAUCCUCUCCUCUACUCGGCUGACCUGCCCCCUCCUCGCUGGGCUGAUGAGAUGGUGGAGAACCAGCGGGCACGAGUCAUCUUCAACAGUUCCCUAGAACCAUUCCACACACACACCCCGGACAGCCCCCCUCGCCACCAAGCCUUUGACAUCUCACAGCUCACCUAUGACCUCCUCUGCAUGGCCCAAUAGCAACUGCAUUAAUCCGUCUGUUUCCAGAGUUAUUUAUUCAAAAUGAUAAACUGGGUGGUUCGAGCCCUGAAUGCUGAUUGGCUGACAGCAGCGGUAUAUCAGAGCGGUUACCAUGGGUAUGACAGAACUGUUGGUAACCAGUUUAUAAUAGCAAUAAGGCACCUCGGGGGGUUGUGGUGUAUGGCCAAUAUACCACGGCUAAGGGCUUUAUACAGGCUCUCCACGUUGCUCCUUGCUUAAGAACAUCAUAUUCAAAUCAAAUCAAAUCAAAUCAAAUUUAUUUAUAUAGCCCUUCGUACAUCAGCUGAUAUCUCAAAGUGCUGUACAGAAACCCAGCCUAAAACCCCAAACAGCAAACAAUGCAGGUGUAAAAGCACGGUGGCUAGGAAAAACUCCCUAGAAAGGCCAAAACCUAGGAAGAAACCUAGAGAG